UCACCAGUGUAAGUUGUCUCACAUCUGUCUGUGUCAACUAUGGAGUUAGAAAUAGGACAUCACCAGCUAGCUUAGCAUAAAGACUAGAGGCAGCUAGUCUGGCUAUAUCUCCUUAAUACUUUCUGAGCUGCAUCUCUUGUUACAUCACUGAUGGCCAAAUUCAAUCUUUAUGCACAGGUCAUAAUUUUAGUUUCUGUAAAGGUACAAUGCUACCAAACCUAGCUGUAGAUAAGACUAUUUGGGAGGCUGUACACACUCACUGUAACCAAAUGUUCAUCAAGAAACGGUUAUAAACACAAAACUCCUCUAAAACCACAAAUCAUCAUGUUUACAUUUUAGCUUAUGUUAGAGGUGAUACAGUUAAGGGCCUCUUCACACCUGAAAUUCCAGCUGUAUACGCUGUAUACAUUUGAUCGGACUAAUUUUAGUUUCAUGUUGCCAUCAUACAAGUGCGCUAAAAAUGUUACAUGACAUACUUACAUCCUGUCGUCUGAGUUUUGUGAGGUUUUCUACCUGACUCUUCAUAAAGUAUCUCCUCCUCUCCCCAUGUGCUACUGCAGCUCAUUUAAUGUUGCGUUGUUUAUGGACAAACUGAAUCCUAUACUGUACAUUUACUACCACAUGACAACUUUACUGCUAAUUUCUCCUCUGCUCCAACCACCAACACCUGUCUGCUUUGAACGCAGCCACUGUCACUCUCUCCGUCAGUAAACUACACAUAUACACACACACACACUGCGCACUGAGGUGCUACACUACUCUUAUCACUUGAAGAUAGCUUAUCCAAACUUCCUGUAAUCAGUCCGAAAGUCCAGACCAUCCCAAAAUGUUUUCAUGCCAGAAACAAAAGCAAAUCAUGGUACAGUUUGAUUCAGACAGAGACCAGUUCUUUUCAUCUGUCCAACAAGCUUCAGAGGUUCUGCUCGGUGUGUUUUUGAACUUUGGUCUCAACCAGGCUAGCUGUUUCACCUUUUUUCCAGGCUUUAUGCUAUGCUAGUCUAACCACGUCCAGACCGUAGCUUCAUACUUAACACACAGACAUGACCUUGACAUUAAUCUAAUCUCUAGUCUCAUUCUUGGACAGAACACAAAUCAGCAUAUUUACCAAAAUGUUUUAAGAUUCUCAGUAAUUGAAACAUUAUCUUUUAUAGCCGGUGUCAUUUAAUAUAAGAUAGUAGCAGCCAGAUGUAAUUCAGUAGCAUGUUGCAACAGAGAUUGUCUGUCUGCUUUUUUUCCCUCCCCAUACCUCUCACUGUAGUCGGUCUGACAGAACUAAUUCUCUCUUCUGUCUCUCUGCUCCUUCCCCAUUCCAUAUGUGUCCAAACCCAACUGCACUGCCUCCCCUGAAGGAAGUGACGCGUCCUUUGGAAUCAUGAGUUAGGACUCCAGUGUGGAAAAUGGGUGGUUUUAGGGGAUGUUGGAGGAAUAAAAGACGCUCCUUCACAUCUGGAAGAACAUCAGUGAACUCUUUCUGAGUGGAUUACGGUUUCUGCACUGGGAUUCUGUUUUUAUUUUACUAAUGUGCAUACCGCUGUGCAUACAUUAUGGUUAGCAGGUGUGUAAUUGAAGCUGAACUCAACCCAAACUUAGUUCACCCAUCUUUUCAUUUGGAGAACACAGUAAGUCAUCAUUUUCAGGCUGACACACUGAAAGUCUUUUACUUUUAUUCAUACUAGGCCUAUACAAAUGACAUCUUCAUAUGUUCCAAAUCUGAAAAGGAUCCACAACUUUCCUAUCCAAACCGGGUUCUGACCAUAUAGCAACUGGUCUCGAGCCUGAGUGGACCCUAAAGAAGCAGAACAAAAACACAUCGAAAAAUGUGAUUAUGGUUAUAUAUUGUAAGCCUGCAUCAGUCUCUCUUUUUUUAUCUCGGCAGAAAUGUAAAAUUACUGCAUAAUUACACAUAUAAAUGAAUAGUGAAAUGUAUCAGGCCCUGCUUGUUUGGGGAAACACUCUCAAAUUAAUAGGCACAAUAUCUUCCAUAAUGAAGCCACAUCCAUGUAGUUGUAGUAGUUCAAGUGGCUAGCUAAAGUUGCAGCAUGAACUGUUAACAUUGUCAGACUGUUUUCAGGUUCUGUUGGGUCCAGUUAGAAUUUCACACAGACCUGACACGUGCACCCAAACUGAAGCUGGGUGUGGCCAGAGGUGAAACUUUCAACCAUGGAGAGCAAUGAAACACCUCUAUUCAGCCAACUGUUAGGUUACUCUUUAAAGGGGCAUUCCAGUGAUUUAUUCCCCUGGCUAAGUCCUGGUGCAGGUCAAACUUUGAAAACGAUUGCUCUUACAUUUCCUAUUAUACAAUGUCUUUUGUAGAGUUGUGAAAAUGGAGGAGUUAUUUUGGAGUAAGUAAAACUGUGGAUAAUUUUCUGCUUUGAAACUCUCAAAAAAUAUCAGGAACUGAGGGUUGUCAACACCCAAGGCACAUCUCGAUAAGAAACAUCCAGUUACUGACCUUUUUUUUUUUUUUUUGACUGAUAACCUAAUCUGCCGCUUAAAUGAAUUCACUCCGGGCCACUUUUGGCUAAAUUUGUCAACUAUGGCUUAUACUUAGAGUCAUCCGCCAAGUUGAAAUGACUCAAACUGAUGGCCAUAACAAAAGCCUUUACCGUAUGCUCACAUUGUCCAGGACACCAGUGUAACACUCUUUGUGUUUUAAUGUUGAUAUUAUAUAACAUUACAGAUAUUAUUAAAACAAAUAUUUGCAACCCCUCCCUCUUCACAACUUAAUUAGACUCUCCCUGCUUGGUAAAUUUGUUCAGUAUGUAUUUUGAACUCCAUCCGUAGUCUUCAACCACCACCCCAACUGCCUUGUGACGUGGACUGCUUCCUUCUUUAUUCCUUCUUUAUUUCUUUCAGCGCAGUGGUCACAUGACCACAACCUUCUUGAUUAUGUGAGUUAUACACAAAUUGUGUAGUAUUACUUUUCUUAUGUAUAUGUACAAACAGUGCAUAAGAAUAGCCCAAGUACUCCCCAUCACACUCUGUCUGCUAGUAAUUGAGUUAUUACUAAAAAAUGUUCAUAAUUAUGUUGUGGUGACAUCAUAAUGAUUGUCUGGAAUACUAGUCCAUACCCACUGGUAGCUUUGUCACCUUCUACCUAUGCCAAUCCUCAAUGCCUAUGUGCAGUUUCACAUAGAUUGACAAUGUCAGUGAGUAGAAAAAUGUGGGACAGACAGAAUGACACACUGACAGUUUCCAUGAUUAUGUACAGCAUACCAUACCAUGACUUAGUCAUACCAAAAAUUAGGGGGAAAAAAAAACAAAAACAAAAAACAUUCGGCCACAGGGGGAGCCACAGUGAUCGGUCGCAUUUUAGCCAUUUUUAAGCAUUUUUCUGUUGUUAUAGCGCCACCCAGUUGCCAAUUAGAGUUAAAUUUCUCCAGUCACCUUGAGGCGUCCUGUUCUACAUAUCUACCAAGUUUAGUAAAAUUUGAUACAGCGGUUAGGCCUAGAUAAGAAAUUUGCUCUCUAGCGCCCCCAUUUUGAUGGGGCCAAUAAUGGAGGGGUCCCCUCAGAUUAUGUGUGGUCAUAUGCCUACAAAGUUACGUGGUGAUCGGUGAAACCCUUGAGAUGUUAUACACCUUUAUGUGAUGAGCCACGCCCUCCGCAAUAUUCAUUGCCUUAUAUAGAAGCUCAGUUUUAGUAAGUUUUCCAACUUUUGCCAAAAGGGAACUUUAGAUAUUGGUCCCUAGAUUAUGUUCACAGAGUUUCAUGCAGAUCGGUCAAACUUCCUAGGAAGAGAUCGAUUUGAAGUGUUUUUCAGAAAAUUCAAAAUGGCGGAAAAUCUGUAUAACCGGAAGUUAUGGGUUCUUGAGGCAAAUUUGUUCCUCAUGAGGAGAGGCAUCUCUGUGCAAAGUUUCAUGUCUCCACGACAUACGGGGCAUGAGAUAUGCCCAUUCAAAGUUUGCAAUUUCAGUCGGUUGCUAUAGCGCCCCUUUAGCCAAUUGAUGUAAUAAUGCUUCAUUCGCAUCCUCCCAUGUCCCUCUACCACUGUGCCAAAUUUCACAUGGAUUGACCAAGUCAGUGAGGAGAAAAACAUGGAACAGAGACACACCCACUGACAGAGUUUUCGUAAUUAUAUAAUAAGAUGUUCAGAGAUGGGGGUUUUUUGUUUUUGAGGUAAUGAAACUACAUUUAUGGACCACGCAGGACUCGCAGAGAGGUGGUCGGGGUGGAUGGCGGUCAUUCAAAGUGCAGGACUGUGACACCAGAAUGCUGGGUUUAUGCCCAGUGUCCUGUCUGUCAGGUUUAGGCAACAAGAGCACUUUGGAUAAGGUUCAGAAAAGACCCUGAUCUCAGUCAUAGGUCAAUUAAAAGUGGAAUAAUUAAAAUAAAAACAUACUUUCUAGGAGACACAGCUGCUCUCAUCAUAAGUAAAUUGAUCUUAAUGUGUAAAGUCAGUGGAGUGCCCUUGUAAGUUUACAUUUUGGUUAUUUUCUUCAUGAUAAUGGUCAAAGUGCACCUACCUUUUCACACUAGCUGAUACUGUAAGAUGUCAAAGAACCUUUGUCCUGUUAAUUUAUAAAAGGCUUUGACUAUGCGCUGUUAUUAUCACAUAGAUUAUCUGUUGUCUUCACUGUGCUGAAGAACAUCUGCAAACAUUUACAUCCUCAUCUGCAAUGUAUGCAGUGUACAUACACAUAUACUGUACAUGUUUACUGUCCCUGGAUGCUGAGCAUGUCCGACUUUUCUACCUGAACGCUCUGCAGAGUUUCAUGUGAAGGACUGAUGUGAGCAUUGCUACUGUAAGAUACUGUAAACAGGAGUGAACUAGUACCUCAAUGUAGGACAUAUUUUGUGUGUGAGAUGUUUUGCAUUUAAGACCUUUUAGACCAAAAUAAAUGUAGUUUGAUGAAUGGAUUUGUCUCCUCAGCGUGGGAUUCUGAAAUGCUGAUGUGUCCGCUGGGAGAUCCUGUCCUCACUGUGCUGUAGGGAUGUACUUUUUGUUAUCACGCAUUUCCAUCUAUCCUCUCCACUUUCUUCUUCUUCUCCCCAAACAGCGAGACCUGCAGACAGUUACUGUAAAGAAGACGCUGAUUUAUUAGGAGUCAGAAACAGACAGGUGUUCCUUAAUGAUUUCUCUCUUCCUCUCCCUCCUCCCCUCACAAACUCCACCAGUGGCUGUGGCCUUGGGCAACUCCUCACCUUUAUUUUAUCUCCUCUUCCUCACCCUCUUCUUACCCCUUCCUGCACUCCUCUGCCUGUCUCUCUUAUUUCACUUUUGUCAUCCAUGUUUUCUUAAUAUCCACUCUCCCUUUCCCUCCCUUCCCUCUCUCUCAGCCACAUUCAUCUUCUGAUUGUUAUGAUUGCUGUGCGUUCCUCUGCCAUGGCCUGCAGGAAGAGUGAGUUAGUACAUGUCAGUGAGCACAGGUAUGCACUGUGGACACCGGCUGGCUCAUUCACUGGCUGCUGGAGCGAGGAAGGAGACGCUCGUCUGCAUGGGCUGAACAACCGAAGCUCCAAAUCAGCCACAAGGAGGCGGUGGAUGAGAAGAAGGAGAAGAACCGGGCAGAGGAGCACAGAUUUGAAAAAGUCUGAGCUGAGUUUCAAAACGGAAAAAGAAACUGAGGGAGGAGAAGAGGGGGAAGAGAAGCCGGGAGGAACACAAGGCAGCAAUGGAUAGCAGAGCGGCUCAGCCUGACCCUGGGAUGGCAAGGAUUCACACACAGCUGCUGGCUGCCGUCCAGCACACACACUAGGCAGCUAACACCAAUGAGCUCCCAUGCUUUCGUUCAGCCAUGCUUCCUGGAUAUGGAUUCUCACCUUUUCCUGAUUUCCAACCCCACCUUCACGCUUUUCGCUGCCGAGGAGACAGUCCCAGCAUGUGGAUUCCUGGCUCAGGGGAGUCCCCGUCUUUGAACGAGGCCCAGGAGGACAGGCCUCUCCUCCACCCGUGCCACCACAAGCAUGUUGCUGUUUGCCAGCAGGAAACAUUGGCUUUUAUUGAGCUACAACCACCAGUGACUCCUAAACUAAACGGUCUUGGCUCUUCGAGGCAAACUGUUAUUCCAGAGGCCCAAUGCACAACACACUCCCUGCCCCUGAAUGGUUUCAAACACACACUAAAUGAACUGAAUGACAUGCAGAACGGCUGCCACAGGACAGACAACGAGCAUGAAACAACACUGAAUUUAAACUCUCACACACCUGAGGGUGACUGCGAGCUUGAAUGCCAAAAUGGCAACAGGACUUCUUUGCAGGAGCAGACAGAGAAACCUCGUUCUGUCACAACAGUGUGUCGUCCUCUCCACUCAGCUCUCAGCCUCCCUCUGCCAUUCCCUCUGUCCUCUCUAUACACAAACAGAGACUCUUGGGAAUCUCAGUUACCCUGCUCCCCAUCCUCACCUGAAGGUCCUGGGUGUCAGAGCCCAGACUUCUCCCAGCCGCAGAGGAGGACGUCACAGGGUUCACUGAAAGAGAAGUCUAUCCGGCGAAAGAUGCAGGUCUAUUCCCCAGACAGCCAGAGCGAUGAAUCCCUCAGCAGCCCGAUCCUGGACGCAGACUACAUCUUCCCAGGACCUUUUGCAUCUUUCCUGGAGGAAGACCUCUGUGGAUUAUCUUCCCUGGAGGCCAUUUCAAGCCCUUCAUCCACAGACGGUGUUACAGAUCUCCCAAACCUCAGUCACGAUGAUAUUUUUGAUCUACCCACAGAACCACUGCGGAUAAUAGAGGACUCGUUGCCAGGGUUGGGGUUAGAGAGUGGGAGUGUAGGGAGGUCAAGUGCCACAGGAGGGAGCUUUUUGCCACGCGGCCGUCAGGCAGAUCAAGAACGGCGGCGGUUCUCAGCCUCAGAACUGAUAUCUAGACUGCAGCUGUCUCAGAGGAAGAACUCCUUCACCUUGAAGCUGGGGAAAUCGCUAUCUGCACGGGUAGCCUCCAGGGACAGACAGAGCACCAACAGCAUCAGUCUCAACACUGACUAUAAGUCCAGCACCAAACAUCGCAGCUCAGGAGGCUCUAGUGACAGCGCUCCCCAAAGUCCUGUUGGACCUGCACCUGCUCUGCCCAGCAGUGACAAUGGCAUGCCUUUGCACCGUUGGAGCACAAAACUCGGAAUGCGAAAGAAGUCAAUAGAGGAGGACGUCAGCACACUUCCAACCGUUGCUGGUUCCAAUCGAUUAUCACGGUUUUUGCCCAGUUCGAUUCUGUACCAGGAAUACAGUGACGUCGCCAUCAACAGAGAGAUCCAGAGGCAGCAGGGGAAGGAGCCAGGCACAGAGGAUGAUGGGCUCAGGGACGAAGGGUCAGACGGGACCCCGUCUCCUUCUAAUCUGUCUCCAUCCAGCUCCUUCCGCUCAUCACGAGGUUCUGCUUUUGCACUGUGGCAGGACAUCCCCGAUGUUCGAACCAGCGGCCAGCUCGACAACUUCAGCAAUGAGGAACGUAAAUUACAGGAGGCAAAGUUUGAGCUGGUGACAUCUGAGGCGUCGUACAUUCGUAGUCUGACGAUCGCGGUGGACCACUUCAUGUUGUCGCAGGAGCUCGCAGAGUGUCUUGGAGCUCAGGAUAAGCAGUGGCUCUUCUCCAAGCUGCCUGAAGUCAAAGGAGUCAGUGAGAGGUUUCUUGAGGACUUGGAGCACAGGCUGGAGGAGGACAUUCUGCGGUUUGAUGUGUGCGACAUCGUCCUGGACCACUGCCCCGCUCUGAGAAGGGUUUAUUUACCUUAUGUAACCAACCAGGCAUAUCAGGAGCAGACAUACCAGCGUUUACUGCACGAGAACCCUCGUUUCCCCGGCAUCCUGGCUCGUUUGGAGGAGGACCCCAUCUGCCAAAGACUUCCUCUGACCUCUUUUCUUAUCCUUCCGUUUCAGAGGAUCACGCGGCUUAAAAUGCUGGUGGAGAACAUCUUAAAGAGGACGACACCGGGCUCCCGAGAUGAGGACACUGCCACAAAAGCUUUCAAUGAGCUAAAAAAGAUCAUCAAAGAAUGUAACUCCAGUGUGCAGUCGAUGAAGAGGAUGGAGGAACUUAUUCACCUCAAUAAGAAAAUCAAUUUUGAGGGAAAGAUCUUUCCUCUGAUCUCUCAGUCCCGCUGGCUGGUGAAACACGGUGAACUCCUGGAAGUGGACACUCAGAUGAUGAGUAUAUCUGGAUCAAAGCUCAAAUUUCCCACCAAGCCGGUGUACCUCCACCUGUUCAACGACUGUCUCCUGCUGUCCAGGAGGAAGGAUACGUGGAAGUUCAUGGUGUUUGUACACGCCAAGAUCGGAGAGCUAAAAGUGAAGGACCUCAGUCAGAAGCUGCAGGGCAUCUCAGGCUUCAUCUUCCACCUGCAGCUGUGUGAAGGCCAGCAGCUCAAACACCAGAUCCUGCUCAAGUCACACACUGAGAGCGGGAAGCAGAGAUGGAUCACAGCAAUGUUUCCAUCUGAUCCCCUGGAAGACAUCGAGCAGGCCAGUGAGAAUGAUGAUAUAUCCCAGGUUCAAUGCAUCAAAAGCUAUCAGGCCCAAGAGCAUGAUGAGUUAACGCUGGAGAAGGCUGACAUUCUUCAUGCUAAGACCAUUACAAGUGAUGGCUGGGUGGAAGGCAUCCGACUGUCAGACGGGGAACGGGGCUGGUUCCCCAAAACCUACGUGGAGGAAAUCACAAGUCGCAGCGCUCGCCUCCGCAAUCUCCGAGAAAAUAUCCGCAUCAAAUGUGUCACGCAGAAAUUAGAGGGGGAAGACUAACUAUCUUUACUGCAACUAGUCAUGUGUGUCUGAGUUGCUAGGUCGCAUCCUUAAGCUUCUGGGUCAUUGUUUUCAUUUUAGAUAUGUGUGGGACCUACAUGUAGUACGCAGGUGCUAAAACAACAACGUUUUUCACUGUGUAUCAGCAUUUUCCUUUAGCAUGCUAGCUGCAAAAAGCUUUUAGUUGAAAAGGUUUUUAUACAAUAAGAGUCUGUUGACAUUUGUAAUAGUUUUGCCACACUGAAGUUUCUAAAGGAGCAAUCACUUUAUGCAUGCCUUCUGUGAAUGCAUCUUAUUACCAUUUUUAAGUCUGAGAAACACAUGCACAUUUAUCAGCACAGGCAGUAAAUGUUCUCAUAUCCAAAGGUAAAUGUUUACACUCCUUGGCUCAUGUUAGAGAAGCCUGUCACUGCAUUUUUCCUCUGCUGUAUUCAGUCAGCUGAGCUCUGUGAGGGGCAGGAGAUUCACUCAUUUAAUGUCACAACAUCAAAAUGUCGCUCGAGGCAGCUUCUUCGUCUGAGCUGCAUCAGGACAUGUCAGAGGCCUUUAAUCUUUCAUCUUUGUUCUCACUGAGUGCUGCUUUCAUUUCAGAAGGCAGAUAAGAAGCUGUCCUGCUGUGUAGUCAAUGUAUUCGACAACAGUGUACACUGGUUAUGAGAAGAAAUGCCUGGUGUGGUUUUGUGUUUUAUAGUCCAUCCAAUAUUUGAUACACUGCAGUGCAUCAUUUCCAUCCAUGUGUUAAAAGAUGUGGAUUGUUUACACAUCCUUGCCUCCUUGUUAAAGAGGACAACACCCUCACUGUAUGCACUGUAUAUAGUCUGUACUGUAGUAACAAUUUGGACUGCAUGAACUCUGAUAGUUGUCCAAACAAGGCAACUGCAGAAUGACGGUUUAAUUUUUUUUUCUUUUAAAGAUGGUUUCACUAUUCUACUGUAACAUAAAUGAAGGACAAGGUCAUACUACACAAAUACUUUUUUUCUGUUUGUUACCUGAUCUGUUUAAAAGAUUAGGCUGUCUAUAUUCUAUAGUUUUAUUAGAAAGCCCACAAAUAGCCCCACUGUUCAGAAAUAUUUAAGGGGACCUAUUACACUUAGUUUACAGUUCACACUUUCUACUAGAACAUCUUAACAUGCUUUGAUAAUCAAAAGACACUUCUUUUCUUCGCACUUCUAUUGUUGUAUUCACCCUCAGUCUGAGAUGCUCAGUUUAACGACUAUCUCUUGAAGCAACUCUCCUGAAAAAGCUGAGUCUGCUCUGAUUGGAGAGCAUUUCAGGGUCUUGCAUAUGCCUGCAAAAAAAUCUUUCUUAAGGGUUCAGGGUUCUUAAACCUUUGAACCCUAAGAUAAAUGAUGGGGUUUAUUUCAAAAACAUGGGGGAAAAAAGCAAUGAGCAACUUGGUAAGAAAUGUCCCACAAAAUGCAAAAAAAAAACCAUUAAUAGACUCAGAAAAUUGUUUUUAAAAAUGAGGUAAAAAAAAAAAAAAAAACAAGGCUACGGAAAACUAUAUUUAUAAUUAUUGUCACAGUUUUAAAUUAUGUUAUUGUUUGUUUUUUUAAAAUACAUUUUAAGCAGUUUUUUUGGGUCAUUUCCUUGUUUGUUUGUUUGUUUUUAACCUUCUUUCUUUCUUUUUUGUAAUUUUUUUUUCCUUUUUAUUAAUUUCUUGCAAAUUUUUUGGGUCAUUUCUUCCUUCGUUGCUCGGAGCCUUCGUCCAAUAUUUUUGAAAGAACAUAAGCCACUUUGGUCAGGUUUUAAAGGGUUAAGAGACUCCAAACCAAAAUAUUCUGUUCUAGCAGGAAUAUCAUCCAAAAUUAACAACAUUGGCAACCAAGAUGACAUGUUUCUCUGACGUUAGCAUGUAGCUACAUGUAGCAGGGUAUCAGUAACGUCCCUGGAUCAGAUGACCAUAUAAAGAAAUUUGUCAUAAGCUGACGUCAGCUUGUCUUGACAGUAGAACUUUAAAAAAUCAUUCGAAUAUUAGUAUUCAAAACAAGCCUGAGGUUUUUGCUCACAAAGGCUAGUUUUAUGAACAUUUACCUUGUUAUUUGAAAAUUUGGCCACAUUUAAUAUGAGCAUUGACAUUCUGAAGUUAUAUAUCUGACAGCCAAUAAGGAAAAAGCAUAAUAGGUUUAACAACAGCACACACACACUGUAGUUUAUUCUAAGCUGAUCCCUCUUACACCACCCGGUAAAGGUAUAUACUGACUAGAACACCAAAUGUGUAUUCAUCCACAGCUAAAAAUAGUCCCCAACAAAUGCACUGUUUAUUUCUGUUUGACUAACAUUUGCUUAUAACUACAAUGCCCAGCUGUUGGGAUGCUUUAGCCCUUUUUGAUAUUAAAACUUAUAUUGAAACUAAAAUUUCUGUCUCCAGUAGGAACAAGUUGGGCUUUUGUGUGCCACGGACAGGAUAGAGAGGUUGGAGGAUGUUGGAUUUGUUUAUUUUACAACAUUUGUUGUCAGUAAGAGAAAUAUAAAAGAACUGUCCUUUAUAAACCAGGAAAUAGUCACCUACCAAAUUCACCUCGGGUUGCAUUAACAUGGACUGUCAGUGUGGUUUAAGUGCAAGUUUGCAAACUUUAUAACUUUAUUUUGAAACUUUAUACCCAGUUUACUAGAAGCUAGAUCUGGAUCAAGUAAUACGCAAAGCACUGAAUUACAUUUAGGCCUACAUUGUCCACAUCGUUCCUCUCAUCAAAUGACCAAAAGCACAGUCUAACUGAGCUAAGACCUGUUGUUAAAGAACCACUAUAAUCAACAUUCAAAUGUAAACUCUUCCAGUGGCACAUGAAAUGUUUAUAACCCCUUUAUUUUCUAUACCUGCGUUGUUAGUUGUAAUUUAAGUGGUUGCUGUUGCAGCAUGUGUAUUUAUACUCCUCUAGCUGGUCCUUCUCUAAGGAGAUUCUGAUGUAAAUGUACUUUACUGUAGAUGGCUUCAUGUAUAAAGAGUAGAGAAAUGGUUCAUGUACUAUUAUGACUGUAAUUUAUAUGAACAAAGAUUCGACAAAUAUUAUUACCUUCCUGAACUUUAAACUUUUCAGUCUGAUUCAUUUCUAAUACCCUAAUAAAUAUAAAUACUGUAAUACACUGGAUCUCUGCACACUACUGUAAAUGUUUAACCAUUUAAAUAAAUACAGAUAC